GCGGGACUUCCGCCUCGCCGCCUGCCGUCGUCCCCGCCGCCACUCCGGGGUCUGGGCUGGUGCGGAUCCUCAGUCAUGGGAUCAGGUUAGCACUUCUCCCGGAGCCGCGGCCUGCCAGCCUAUCUGUGUGGUGGGGCCAGCUUCCAGGUGAUUUGACAGCGAGAUGCUGCUCUCCAUUGGGAUGCUCAUGCUGUCGGCCACACAAAUUUAUACCAUCUUGACUGUGCAGUUGUUUGCAUUUUUAAACCUACUGCCUGUAGAAGCAGAUAUUUUAGCAUAUAAUUUUGAAAAUGUGUCUCAGACAUUUGAUGAUCUUCCAGCAAGAUUUGGUUAUAGACUUCCAGCUGAAGGUUUAAAGGGUUUUUUGAUUAACUCAAAACCAGAGAAUGCCUGUGAACCCAUAGUGCCUCCACCUCUAAAAGACAAUUCAUCUGGCACUUUCAUCGUGUUAAUUAGAAGACUUGAUUGUAAUUUUGAUAUAAAGGUUUUAAAUGCACAGAGAGCAGGAUACAAAGCAGCCAUAGUUCACAACGUUGAUUCUGAUGAGCUCAUUAGCAUGGGAUCCAACGACAUCGGUGUGCUAAAGAAAAUUGAUAUACCAUCUGUCUUUAUUGGUGAAUCAUCAGCUAAUUCCCUGAAAGAUGAAUUUACAUAUGAAAGAGGGGGCCACAUUAUCUUAGUUCCAGAAUUUAGUCUUCCUCUGGAAUACUACCUAAUUCCCUUCCUUAUCAUAGUGGGCAUCUGUCUCAUCUUGAUUGUCAUUUUCAUGAUCACAAAAUUUUUCCAGGAUAGACAUAGAGCUAGAAGAAACAGACUUCAUAAAGAUCAACUUAAGAAACUCCCUAUACAUAAAUUCAAAAAAGGAGAUGAAUAUGAUGUAUGUGCCAUUUGUUUGGAUGAAUAUGAAGAUGGAGAUAAGCUCAGAAUCCUUCCCUGUUCCCAUGCUUAUCAUUGCAAGUGUGUAGACCCUUGGCUAACUAAAACAAAAAAAACCUGUCCAGUCUGCAAGCAAAAAGUUGUUUCUUCUGAAGGUGAUUCAGACUCUGACACAGACAGCAGUCAAGAAGAAAACGAGGUGUCAGAGCAUACCCCUUUACUCAGACCUUUGGCUUCUGUCAGCACUCAGUCAUUUGGGGCUCUGUCGGAAUCCCGCUCACAUCAAAACAUAACAGAAUCUUCAGACUAUGAGGAAGAUGACAAUGAAGAUACUGAUAGUAGUGAUGCAGAAAAUGAAAUUAACGAACAUAGUGUUGUGGUUCAGCUGCAGUCUAAUGAACGGGAUUACAACAUAGCAAAUACAGUUUGACCCAAUCAGAGGAUGAUUGGUUAUUUCCCUUUGAAAUUUUAUUUAGGUAUAUAAUUUGAUUUUUUUGCUCCCUUCACAGAUUUCUGUAGAAAUAACUAAUUUUUUAGUAUUCUACAGUUUAAUCUUACUGAAAGUUGUUGUUUUUUUUUAAAUGUAGUAUUUAUCUGCAGGAGUAUACUUCAUUUUACUAACAAGUAACAGCAGACUGGUACUGUAACUCAAGCAUCAAAUCAACUUGUAUUUUGGAAUGAAAUAUAACCAAAACAU